AUACUCUCAUUUAGAAGCCGAAAUGGCAUUCAUUUCAUUUGAUGAUUUGUUAAACACGUUAGAAGAUCUAAUUUGCGACACUAUUAGUCGUGUUCUUUCUCAUGGACCAACUCGCGAUCUGAUCUACCAACUUAAUCCAAAUUUUAAACCAUUAGAGCGUCCUUUUAUGCGUAUGGAUUAUAAAGAUGCAAUAAUAUACCUAAAAGAUCAUGAUAUUAAAAAAGAAGAUGGUAGUUUUUAUGAAUUUGGUGAAGAUAUUCCAGAAUCACCUGAACGUACCAUGACAGAUCAAAUUAAUCGGCCAAUAUUUCUUUGUCGCUUUCCCGCCGAAAUUAAAAGUUUUUAUAUGAGCCGUUGUAAUGAUGAUCGUCGUGUAACGGAAAGUGUAGAUGUAUUGUUUCCCGGUGUUGGUGAGAUUGUGGGAGAGCUUUUAGAAGGAUAUAAACGCGAAGGUAUUGAUCCCACACCUUAUUAUUGGUACACGGAUCAACGAAAAUAUGGUACAACAGAACAUGGAGGCUUUGGUUUAGGUAUUGAACGCUUUUUAGCAUGGUUACUUCAUCGUGACACUGUUAAAGAGUGUUGCUUGUAUCCUAGAUUUAUGGGACGUUGUUUGCCAUAA